GACACACACACAUAAAAGUAAUAGAACCAGCAAGAGAUGGCAAACAUCUCUCACUCGACGUUCAUAUUCUCCAUCAUUUUCCUCAUCUCCACUGCGACGGCUGCCACAUUCGACAUCCUUAACCGAUGUAGCUACACCGUGUGGGCAGCCGCUAGCCCUGGAGGAGGUCGGCGUCUAAAUGCUGGCCAGUCAUGGAGAUUAGAUGUUGCGGCCGGCACUAAAAUGGCGCGGAUUUGGGGUCGGACCAACUGUAACUUUGAUUCCUCGGGUCGUGGCCGAUGCGAAACCGGUGAUUGUAGUGGUGGACUUCAAUGUACUGGUUGGGGCCAGCCUCCAAACACGUUGGCUGAGUAUGCUUUAAACCAAUACAAUAACUUAGACUUCUAUGACAUCUCACUUGUCGAUGGAUUUAACAUCCCUAUGGAGUUUAGCCCAACAAGCUCGAAUUGCAAGCGGAUAAUAUGUAAUGCGGACAUAAACGGACAGUGUCCGAACGAGUUGAGAGCCCCGGGCGGUUGCAAUAACCCGUGUACGGUUUAUAGGUCAAACCAGUAUUGUUGUACGAACGGGCAAGGUUCAUGUAGUAGCACUGGAUUCUCAAGAUUCUUCAAACAGAGAUGUCCCGACGCCUACAGCUAUCCACAAGACGACCCGACUAGCACUUUCACUUGUACCAACACUAACUACAGGGUCGUGUUUUGUCCUUAGGGCUAAGCCCCGUGCUCCUGGUCUCACCAGCUCUUCUUUGCUUACCAAGGAGCAUUAAAUAAUUAAGAGCCUCGUCUAUGUUGUAUGUGUGUAUGUACGUAGAUAUGCGUACGCGUGUGAUCACUAUCUACGAUCAUGGAUAAUAAUGAAGCAAUAAUAAUCACUCUGUACUCCAAAUUUUA